CAACUCUGUUUACAAGCCGCUUUGUGUUUUUGUGUGUUGUUUCGAACCAAACUGAAAAGUUUCAUUAUUCUCUGUAAUAUUAAUGUUUAGGAUUCAUUUCUAAUCUAAGCCGGCGCAAAUCGUGAUGUGGUCAAGCGAGAUUUCUCUGCAGUUAAAAAAUGUUGUAAACAUCAAAACAGAUCUGCAAGAAAGUGGUAAUAAUGAGUGCUCGGAAGAAUCCAACACACAGAUUAAUAUCGGUGGAUUUCUCAGAGAUGGAGCGCUUGCUUGGAAAUCUAAAGGAUCGUAUUUGGAAGUGUUUUGUACCAGGACUGGAGAGAAGCAGCUUUCUUACAGUUUUGAUUACGAUAUUAAAACUAAAAAUUGUACAAUUUGCAAUGUACAAGAAAUGCAAAUCGAAGGAUGUAGCCCAUGCUUGUUAGUAGUAGGAAUUCAACUGCAACACGAUCAUGGCAUAGUUAUUGUAUUAAACUUUCAAAGGGUGCGUAUUUUAGGGCGUAUUGAUGUUAAUGAACAGCUAUGUUAUGUACAACCCAUCUGCAAGGCAUCUUACGUCAGAGGUCGAAUAUCAUCUUUCGAUGAAUGUUUGGCUAUUGGUACGGCAUCUGGAAAGGUUUGGUUGGUGGAUGCUUGCUUGAGACAUAACGAAGAUUUGGUAUUCGGUCAUCAAUUAUCUAUGAAUAAUUUACAAAAAAAUCAAUGUCACAUUGAGUUUUCCACUGCAGAUGUAGAACAAACUUCAAUUAAUCACACACUUGUUUGUCAACGCGGAAUUUAUUUUGGUUUGCAAUUGGAAACUGUAGAAGAAGAACAAGUUCCAGUAACUACUAUAGUCGAUCUUACUUCUCUAAAAGCAAUUGCUGUAGGUUAUGCUAACGGUCAAAUGGUUAUAUAUGAUCUGAUUGAUUUGCACAUCAUUCAUAUUGCUCAGCCGCCUCACGAUAACACUCCUAUCAUUAGUAUAAACUUACUGGAACCAACAGAUGACCCAAAGGCCUGCGUUUAUGUUUGGGUAUUUCAUGCCGGAGUUAAUGGUGCUUUCGCAAUUAUGCAUACUUUAAUGUACGAAGAGAAAUAUGGCGAUAGAAGGGGAAACGUAUAUGAGCGUUUUAUAUCAUGCAGUCCUCGUUUGAACAUACUAUGUUAUGAUAAAGGUAGCUUUCCCAUUGGAAUACAGUCUAUCAUGAAAAGUGUAAGCCAGGAAGAGGAAGUGCUAACGUUAUGUGCGUUGAGUUGGAUUACUUCAGAUAAAUCUACCAACAUUUUGGUAUUUGAUUUGAAUCAGUGGUAUAAAGCGGAAAUGCCAUUUACUUGUGAUUGGAGGCAUGACCUAAACCAUACUGUUGUCUUUAAUGUGAAGGAUGUCGCUACAAAUGUAUGUUUAGUUAAAGAAUCCCUCAUACCCUUUAGUUCGAUUCAUCGACCGGAAGAACAUUUCUAUCCAAAUUCGAUGAGUUUUGAUAUACUUAUAUUGAACAACGUAGAAUGCAGUCGCCACCAUUGGACUGGCCUCCAAAACAAAAUUUUAGAAAAUUUUGAGCAGAAUGGAUCAAGUUGUCUUAUAGAUCCAAUUCGAUUUUAUACAGUUAUGUUACGAGCAGCACUAGUACCACAGUUUAUUGACAGUAAUUUUUCUAUAGACGCAUCUCAAGACAUACAGAGAGAAUUUUUGCUCUCGGUUGCAUUGGAGUAUAAUUGUUACUCUUUAUUACGACAAUGUGCACUAAACUGGGCAGAUGGAAGCCAUUUAGGGCAUGACCCGAGAGAAGGAGUUUCCCUUUCUACCCUAACCGACUGGGUUUGGAGUCGCGCCAAAUCAUUGAAAGCAAUAAGCAAUACAAUGUGUGUGCCGCUAUUCGAUCUUUCUGGGCGUCGAAUUGAUUGUGGGACCCAAAAAAUGCUUCAACAUUGUGCAAAACAACUUAGACAGCUUUCCAAACUGUAUGACAUUAUUCUUGUUCAAUGCAAGCAGUACAUUCCGGACAAGAUCUAUAAAAACCUAAUAUCACAAGCAAAAUCAGUUAAACUAGCAGCCGAUUAUCAAGAAGUAGUUCAGUGGUUGUUGAAUGUUGGAUUAUUACCGGAAGGAAACGUUGAUGGUGUUAAUUUAUCGGAUGAAUUUUUACUCGUGCCAUUUCCAUAUCAAGCAAUUCGUUCGUAUUACGCUUCUCAAAGGACUAUGCUCAAUGAUAAACGACCAGAAAUGGGUGAUCAACGCAGUAUGGAAGAGCAAAGUUGUAAAUAUCUCUUCAUUGACAGUUUCAUUGAACGCGAAUUUCUUGGUGAAACAUUAAAGAAAGCUUGGAUUGAAAACAAUGCAUCCGGUGUAUAUCCGCCAAAUUCGAUGCAAAACCUGUUACGAUCAUUACUUAUUCAAAAUAUUAACAUUGAAACGAAAUAUGUUUUGUUGUGUUACACUUUUAUGGAUAUGACUGCUGUUAUGUGCGAUGGAAGGUACGGUGAAAUAGUGCAAAAUCUAAUAAAGUUUCCGGCUGUUUUCAAGUUGAACUCUGCAAUUAUUAAACGCACGCAAGCUUUCUGGCUUUUGGAUCAUGGUAACAUUAACGGAGCAAUUGAAGAGCUGCUAUCUCCAAUAUCGCAAACAGAACAAUAUCCUUACUGGCAACGGGAGUUUCUUAUCACAGCUCUGCUACGAUAUGAUGCUCCACAUUUGGCAUUGCGUGCACUUCGUAUGCCGGGAACACCGUUGUCGCCUUUCCUCGAAUUGAAAACGUUAUUGGAGAAUAAUUUAAUAUCGGAAGCAUUCAGAUUACAACGUUCUAAGCACGACACUAAUCUACUCCGUUGUUUUUACGAAGGUACGUUGAAGUCGUCAAAAUAUGAGGUAUUGCUAGAUCUAGCAUUGUCCGAAGAAGAAACUCGUAUACUACGUGAAUACUUAACCAGGACUAGUCAGCCAAUGGCCGAAAAUGUGCAUUUCAUACAUUUAUUACAGAAGCUGGAUUUCGUCGAAGCAGUACAUAUGGUUGAUAAACUUGUGAAAAAACAGCCAAAUGAGAUGAAUACAGAAGCUCCUAAGGAAGCAUUAAACCUUUACCAUGCGGCCUUAGAACCAACUACACAGCAUUUAUCAUAUUUGGCGUAUGCUGAACAGAGGGAAUUAAAACCACCGAAAAAGACGUUUACUGAAACUUUGAGCUCCCGAUUGAUACGCGGUAGAGCAAAUUUCCGGGGACGUAUUUAUCAUAAAUCCAUUGUAGCCAUAAAAGAAGCUGCCGAACCAUUAGAACAUGCUCAGCCGUUCCUAGAGAAGCCAGGCUUAGGUAUUUUUCAUUUUCGCGAUCAAACAAAAAGUAGUGAUGUUUGUUAUCCGAUUAAAUUCGAUUCUAAGGUUCCCAAAAGAAGACCCGAUGAUGAUAAUUUCGCGUGUAAUUCUGAAAAGAUUACCAGCAAUAUAUUUUCCGACUUCGAGAAACCCUCGAAGCGAAGAAAACUUGAAACUAAAACACCAUUGUCGACGUCUUUUAUUGUACCCAAACAUCUAUUGACUGAAUUUCGACCGAUGAAACCCAAUUAUAAUUUCGGCAAUAGGAAUACUGGAAGUGAACCAGAGAAAUCAAUCAGUCGUUCUCCGUCGGCACAGCUCGCCACACCAGUAGUGCAAAAAAUGCAACCGUACAAUCCUCCCUCACCGGAAAGCGUCAGUUCAUAUACACGGCACGGUAUUCUGAAAUCCACUGCAUCUCUGCAAAGUUUUAUAAAUCAGAAAAGUUUAUCACCAGUAGCCGUUAGUUCAAUAACACAGAACACGUGUGAUCUUGAUGAAAAAAUUUUACGAUUUGAUCUACCGGAGUCACCAAUUGUCGAAAAAACACAAGUUGAAUUGACAGAAUCAACGAAGAUUUUAAGACCAGAUAUACUAAAUGAUUCAAUAUUAUCGAAUGAUGUGUUUUUUUCACCUGAUGGUUCCAUUUUGGUGAUGGAUGACGAUUCGUGUUCGGAUAUUAAAAGAAUUAACACUGAUGCACCAAACAGGCGACCGUCAAUUCAUGGAAUUUCCCGCUCAAUAACACCUAUUGAGAAUAACAUUGCAAUAAUUAUUGAGGAUCCUGAUGAUGAUUCAUCAAACAAACAUGUGCAACACGAAGUUCUUGAAGAUACGAUCGAAGAGGAAAAGUCUGUUUCAUCCAAACAGGAUAGUGUAAUACAGCUUGUAGAUUUAGAAAAUGGUAAACACUUACCACUGGGAUCGAACGAACAAAUACAAAACGAAGUUCUUGAAGAUAAGAUCGAAGAAGAAAAACAUGUUUCAUCCAAACAGGAUAAUGUAGUACAGCUUGUAGAUUUAAAAAAUAGUAAACACUUACCACUAGGACGGUUAGUGUUAGAAGUCAAUGCACGUAGAUCGCUUGAAGUAGCCUGUUUGAAUACAGUAAAUCGUGAUGUUUUACCGGCUCACCUAAUAGAACAGGAUUGUCAGAACAAUUUGAAAAUCGAUGAAUCUAACGCUGGAACAUCUCAUACGGAAGAAAUCGCCGUUUUAGUUUCAGAGAGUGAUGAUAAUGAUGAACAACGUACUGCUAGAGAAUAUGGUAGUACUGUACACCUUGAGCAUGCAACUAAUUAUCCUGAAGAUCAAGUGGCAACAGACGACAAGGAAAUGGAAGAUAUCGAAAUCUUAGAAUCGGAGGCGGAAUCUUGUUUUGAAAAAUGUGCGGAAGAGGACAACAGCGUUGAAUCUUUUGAAGAACUGUAUGUUUCCCGGCAUCAGAUUGAGAUUGAUUCAGAAGUCGACGAAGAUUCUAGGAAUACCGACCCAUCCAUAAAUGUUGUCCCUAUGGAAAGUGUUAUAAACAUAUCUAGCAGUUCCGAAAGCAAUGGAGAAGAAGCUCUUGCCGUUAGUGACAUUGCAGAUGGAACAGAUGAUCCGGUUGAAGACCCCGAAAAAAAUACAAACGUGGAACAUACAGCUUACGAAAGAAUAAUGCUUAGCGCCGGUCCAAGUACUAACACACAUUAUGUUGAUUUUUAUUCCGAUACUGUUCCGGAAAUGCUCAUGGAACAACAUGAAAGUGAAAAAGAAACUGUAAAGUCAAUUGAAACACACGUUUCGACAACAACUUCUUCAACUUCGAAUACGGGAAGUCUUGAAGUGCGUCCAGCAGUGAUUUUACAGGAACAAAUGUCACUUGAAGAUAUAAAUAAUGUUUCUAAUCAAAGUACUAAAGACCACCAGGCCGAGGACUUGACAAUACAACAAGAAGCAGAAACACGCGAGACCACUCCAGAACCUUCAACAAGUAGACUCAGAAACUCGACGUUGACUGCAAAUGAACGUUUAGAUCCCUCGUCAAUGUGUGCAGAUAUUGCGUUAGUUUCUUCUGCAAGAGAGGAAUCAUUCAGUUUGCAGAAAGAUGAUAAAUUCUUGGGAAAACCAAAAAAUGCACAUGAGGUAGACGUUCCAGCCAUGAAUUUAUCCGUGAAACCAGAUGAGGCCCAUGAGGCUAACCGAAAAAAUAGCAAAAGUGAUGAAAGCGAUGACGCUGUCGUGCUUAACUUGUCAACCGGUCCAACAAAUGAAGCUUCGCGAAAUGAUCAUCUUACAAAUAAUGAUGUUUCUGAUUCACAAAAUGUAAAAGAAAAUUCUGUUAUGCAAAUUUAUGAUCGGUUAACUUCUAAACAUUCAAACGAUAGUAAUAGUUUACAAAAAACUCCAAGUAAGCAAAGAAGGAGAUCUACGGAUAGUGGCGAAGCUUCUACUUCUACACCUAGAAGUAAUGUUCGAACUAGACGUAUGUCAGCAAUGGAAAGAAUAGGAGAACACCAAUCUACUCCAAUCGCACGACACACGAGAGCUUCAUCAGUUGCAAAAGAAUCACCCUGUACUCCUUCAGGUAAAAGUAGAAGGCAUUCAUCGAUGAUUAAUCUGGCAACUCCAGAAAGUACACCGCUCACCCCAAGACGAUCAAAAAGAGCCUUGUCGUUAGCCAAAGAACUUUUAACAAGCACUCCCGUCAAUAGGAAACCACAAAUGGCUGAAACAAUUGCUAUUGUCGAACCCAAAAACGUAUCAUUAGAAGAUGCUAAUAAUAGUGUAGUUGAUGACUCGAAGUCUGAUAAAUCCGUGGUCAGCACGAGUAGUCGUCGUAGCACACGUCAAUUUGCAGCACGAAGAUCAUCGAUGGAACCAGAGCAGUCGACUGAAAUUGCGUUAAUGAGACCUUCAACAUCCGGUAACACAUUUGAGGAGGAAUCUUUUGCCGCAUACACAUCAAAUCGUCGACUCACUCGGCAUCAAUCGGCUAUAAUUGAAAAAUCGCUAGAUGUAGUCCGCAAAAUGAGCACAAUAUCCGAAGAUAUUUGUCAUGCUGUUCUACAAGAUGAUAACGAUAGUGAACCGGAAUCGGUUAUAUCUAACAUAAGUGAUGUUUCGAAGCGGUCUACACGAUCUAAGACUAGUCAGAAGUCGCGUGCUAAAUCGCAAAAUGUUCGGCAAAAAACAAAUUCAGGAACCGCUGGUGGCCGAUCCACUAGGUCUUCUAUAUCGAAGCGUGACAGUAGUGACAUAGAAAGUAUCGAUACAGAUCAAAGUGAAAGUCCGAUUAAGAAACCUAUGUUAGAAACAAUUUCUGAAGAGGGAGGCGAAGUUAUCAAAACAGGUCGUCGUCGUGGUAGAUCUAGAAAGAACUAGGCGACGUGUGGUUUACAUUAAUCGUAAUACAUCUUCUCCAUGUUUCUAUUUUUAAUAAACGUUAGUCAUCUUUGUCGUAUUCUGUUAAUAAA